AUGAAGGAUCCAAGCUUUGAUUAUGAUUAGUUUUAAUUCAAAAAUGAUGGAGUCUUAGCAAGUCACUUACUAUCACAGCUAAUAAUGUUGAUGAUUAAGGAUUUAAUUCUAUAAUCCUUGGUGUUUAUAGAGGAGCUGCUGCUAAAAAUAGAGAGGAUCUCAAAAGUCUGUAUUUUUACUUUCACAUUUGCUGCUCUUUCUACAAAUUAUGGUAUCUUUAGCGCAGGCGCUCCUUUCUAUGGUAUUCUUGAUUAAACAAAAUACAUAAUAAAGAAUAUAAAAGUUCCUGUCUAAGGCCAUCAUGGAGAGUUAGAUUAUAUUAAAGGAAUGUCUGAUCCUAAAACUACUAAAAAAUUAGAAAAUGAAUAAAACAAAGCUGGAGUAGAUUUUAACGUGUUUGGUAAGGAGCUGAAUAUGCAUUCACGAAUUAAAAUUCAAGUUAUUACAACUCAGAAGAAGCUAAAAACUCUUUUAGAAGUUACUUAUUUCUUUAAAAAAAAUUAAAAUGAAGCUUAUUAUAUUAGUAAAUAAAAUAUUUAUUUGUAGUUGUAUUUUAUAUUUUUAUAUUGGUAUUUUUUGUCUUAAAAAAUUUUAUAUUUAAUAAGAUUUUAACUUUAGUUUUGA